GUAAUAGUCAGUGGCGCUUCGGACGCCACUGAAUAAAUUGACAUUUGUAACAUUCGUAAUAGCUAGUGCGAGUUGAAUAAUAUAAUGGUAAGACGUGUAUAGUAACAAGCUGUUUUUCAUUAUAUGGAAAUAAUCCACUUCUAUUUCCGCUGAUUCCACUUUUUGGCCAUCACGCAGUAGCAGACUUUCUCUAUAUAAACGCGAAAAGCCGACUUCCUAUCGCGAUGAGUGACGAAGGAUUUGAUCUGUGCGGAUGCAUGCAGCGUCACCUAUCUAUACAGCAACUACUUUCCAUUUUGCGACAAUCACAGGAUUAUUGUACUGAUACUGAAUGCUUCAAUGUGUCAAGAUUACCAGAACCACAAGUCGUUCAAGAAACCCCAAUUUUCUUUCUUAAUAUUUGUUUAAUUUUUGGUGCUCUUAUUCUUAUGUAUGCAUUUCGACCAAGGUCUUUGCAACAAUUGAGCAGCGACGUUAUCAAGCGUCGCAGUAACGAGCCUGGUUCACGUCAUGAUCCACCUUCAUCACCGCCAAUGAAUUAAUGUAUAAACAUCAUCGAAAAAUUUUGUCAUAUGGAAUUUGAUAUUACAAUUUACUAAGAUUGCAACAGAAGCAAAAGGAAAGUUAUCGUCUAUAUAGUAACACAUUCCUUAGCGAGAUGUAUCAGUUGGAUUUUCCGUGUAUAAAAAAUGCAAUUUUCUUAUGUGCAAUAAUUGUAAUUUUAUAUAACGUGCAUAUAUUUCUUUUUUUUUCAUAUAUCUUCCGACAUAUAACUUUUAUGUGCAUUCUUAAAGUAUAUGCGCAAUUAUUUCUACAGAAUAUUUUAAUUUUCCGAAAAAGUAAAAGUGUAAUAGUAAAAUUUAACGAUUGCAUAACUAAUAUAAUAAAUGUAGUAAAGUAUUCUUUAUAUUGAUGUAUUCGCGUCUUUCAAGACUAGUAGUAAGUGUAGUAGUAGUAGUAAGUGUUAACAUCUAUUAAUAAUACUCAUUUUAGAUGAUCUAUAAUUUGUCAUAGAAUUUAGAACGCAAAAUUCCAUUUGUAAGGAACUGUUUGAAAAAUUAAAAGAUUUAUAUUUAUAAAUGUAUAUACGUGUACACAUACACAUUUAUGCAUUUUUUAAUAUUCUUAAUAUCAUAAAUAAAAUUAUAAAUCAGAUCAUCUAAAAUGUAGAAAAUUAAACGCAAUUGUGAAAUAAUAAGGAUAUAUUAUCUUUCGAGCAUAGUUUAAAUUCUUUGAUUAAAGUCUACAGAAAAAUUAAGUACCUGUGAACGAAUAGUCAUAAUACAGUUACUUGUUUGGUAUUUAUAUUUGAUAUGGAUACAGAGCUAUGAGUGUAAUCAUGAAAAUAUUUAGAAUUUACUUGGAAUCUCACAAAAGCUAUCUUAAUGCGUAAAGAAUCUUCUACAUGUAAUCGGAAUUCGGGAUCUUUAUUAAUACAAACAGUAUUUAUAUACUUUUCUUCCUAUAAUCGUAAUAAAAUAAAAUAGAAAAAACA